AUGGUCGGCGUCGGUUUGCGGAUGGUGCCCAGGGCUGACGCCCGGAAAACCCCUCGGGCGAGAGUGGAGUGGGGAGUGCGGGAGUGCUGGGGUAGCAGCGAGAUGACGACGGAGGAGGGCGGGUGUGAAUUGAGGUUGCAGACGAGCCUCAUUGGGAGCGUGAAGAGCAAAAAGGAAGCUGUGACGCGCCACAUCGGCGAACUGGCUGCAAAUACACCCACCGGCCGGUGGAGCUCGAGAUCAGAGGCCAGGCCGUGCUGUUCCUACAGAUCUUUCGAUUUCCGAAAGGGUCAUGGCGGGGCCAGCGAUGUGCAAGCCACAGUUACAGAUCGUCCAUGGUGGAUCUGCAUCUGCAUCUGCCAUUGCUGGGCGCACGAAGGAUUGCUGCAGGGCUGCAUUGCGUCCGUGGGCGUCGGCGGGGACUGGUUUACAACAUGUGGACUGGUGUGGGCCGGCCUGCAAGACCACAACACGGCUCUGCUCUGCUCUAUGCGCAGGAGUCGUCGACUGCGCCUCACGCGGCUCCACGGCGGCCAAAUGUCGCCAUGCUGCUGGGCCAGGAGAAGGCUCCCCCUCCCCCAGAUGGACGACACUCCAGCUUGGGCCGAGUCGCGACGGGCUGCAGGGCCUCAGCGAGCCCGAGUCCGACAGGUCGCAGCCAGCAGCAGUGGCUUGUCGACUUGGUCGCAAGGGUGUUUCAUGCUUGCAGAACGUCGGAUGGCCUCCGAACCUCUGCGGCGUUAUUGCACAGUCGUCGUCGCUGCGUUAGAGACGGACGACGUGCUGCGCAGAAGAUGGCCAGAGAGCUCAGGGGUCAGCAUCUCGUCUCAAUCAGGACCUCUCAUCUCUGAUGCAGGAUCCCGCAGACGACGACAGGGAUUUUACGCGUGGCUGAUCGCCAUGAAUCCUACAGCCUCACUCGGCUCUCCCGCAUUGGACGGCGCUCCCUUCCGUAUCGCAGUGACGCAAUGUGGUAGUUCCUCGUCCACACAUCUUGACGACGCUUCACAAUCCAUCUCGUUUUGUCAUCCAUUCUGCUAGACGGAGAGAACCAGGUUUACAAUGAGGCCGGAUCCCCCUUCCAGGCGAUCUGAGUGGUCCCUGCCUGGAACAGCAGAUCACGCUUAAGUUGGCUUCCUCCAUCUCCACAUAGCAGCACUUGGAUCAUGCUGACGACAUUCACCACUCGCUCGGCAGCCUCACAAACUACCGACCGCCUUCUUGCUCGCCUCAUCCGCCGCCCAUGCGUGAAGGUCUGCACACGUGCAUGACAGGGCUUCGGCCUACUGUAACCCUCAGGAAAGCUUCCGCUGGUGUGCUGCAGCAACAGGCGAUCGCGAAAUGAAACCAGCGUCGUCUCAAUCACCCGCCAUAGGGAAACUACAC